UUGGUACUCUUGCUGUGUUUACAUCCUGGCCCACGGUGAAACUUUACUCCGGGUGAUAUUACCCAAAAAUCUAUUUCCUAUCUCUCAGUUGAGCACCGUUACCUCUGAUCGAUGACAUAUAAUACAUAAUUAAUUCUGCGAUAAUGGAAAACCGCAAAAAUUUGAAUAAGAAAAGCAGAGAGAGGGAGAGUAGGAGGGAAGUGUCCCUCGGUGAAGGUAACGCUGGGUGCUCGGCGGCCGGGGCGGACGAUGGCCGUCUCCACACGCUUCCUCACGCCCACCAGGGCCUGGCCGGGAACUCCUCCGGCCAAACCGCGCCCAUGGUGGAUCCGCCGUGGGUGCUGCACAACACGGAGGAGGUGGAGAUAGUGGACUCGACGGUGUCGGAGCCUCUGGUGGUCGACCUCACUGAUCAGUUCGUCAGGAUCUUCACCAAAACAAGUUUCAACAGUUUUGAAGAUUUUGAAGAUACAUUCAACCAGUUUAAAAGAGAAACUGGUUCAGUGUUCCGUAUCAAGUCGUCAAGCAGUGUGGCUUAUGAAAAUUCCCGGAGAAAGAAACAUUUCAUUCCAGAUCGCUUCAAGUUUGUGUCAGUGAGGUACUGCUGUGUACACUAUGGACAGCCUAAGAUUGCUGGCCAAGGAAUUCGUGUCAAACAAAGAUAUCUCCCUUGUGGGUGCGAGUGUUUAUUGUCCGUCUCCUACAGCCGUGGGGCUCUUGUUAUAUCUCAAGCAGUUAUGCAGCACAAUCAUGAGGUGAGCAAUGAUAUGGCACCUUAUUAUGCCAUUAACAGACGUAUUACUAACAGAGAACUGAGGGAGGUGGCAGAUGUAAUAGAGUUGAUACCUAGCAGUCGGGCAUUACAGCACUUUUUGCAAGAACAUUUUCAUCGACCCACCACACUUCAAGAUGCAAAGAAUAUAAAAGCAAGACUAAAGGCUUUACAGGUGAGUCAUGCAACAAAAUUGAGUGCUGUUCAGUCAAUUAAAUCAGAUACUGCAGCACAGGAGACGAAAGAAGAGAACUUUGAGGAAAGUGACAGUGUUUUAGUUGAAGAUAUGGAAGAGGAAGUAGUCUUGGAUGACCUUGACAAUGCAAAGCCUGAUCAGCCACAGCAAGAAAAAGAUCAUCAACAGGUAGAACAAGAACAGUCUUUACAGCCAAAGUGGAAGGAAAAAGUUAUAAAUGAAAUAAAAUCAAAGUUAUCAGACUUAAUUCACUUUUGUGACACGAAUGUCUUUUGGGAGCGUAUAUCUGUUAUUAACAAAAUAAUUGAGUGUUGGGAAAAUGGAGAUAAUUUUGAUGUUCAUUAUGCAUCAGAAAAUGUAUAUAACAAGCAACACACAGUUGCUAAUACGGAAACAGAACUUUCUCAGAUUGAUUGUUGGAGUUCAUCUCGGCAAGAGAAAAUGAGCUCCUCACGAGGAAGAGAUAAAAGAACUCCAGGAGUGCAUGUACCGUCUGCCUUAUUAAAUUCUUCAGAAUCUCAGAUGAAUUUUAUGCUUCCUGUCUUGAGUGGGACAAAUAUGCAGUUCCUACCAGCAUCACUCAGUGGAGAUUCUUUAAAACUAGUGCUUCCACAUCGUGAUAAUAGGGUAAGUAAUUCUGCUAGUAUCCAAAAAAAGCAUCCUGGGAGACCUAGAAAAAAUCACCUGAAGGUUCCUGUGAAGAAAAGAAAACAGUUGGAAUGCUCUGAAAAGGCAAGCUCAUUACAUAAUCAUACAUCAACAUGUAAUAAAAAACGUAAUGAGGAAAAUAGUAUGAGAACCAGUCUGGGUCAAGCAAAGCAACCCAUAAUAAUGUCUGUUGCAAAAGAAAAUUCAUUAGAAAUGUGUGACCAAGCAAUGGAGGUUGAGAUAGAAAUUAGUGGUGACAUUGUUAAUGUCAAACAUAUUAAAUUGGAACCUUUAGAAUGUCAUGAAGUAGAUGUGACUGAUAAUGUUCAUCAACGUGGCAAUCAUUGAUAUCUUUAAUGUAAAUUCCUGAAAAAUAUAUAAAAAAAAUUGGU